AUGGUAAUGAACCAACCUGACAUCGUGGUGGUGGACAAAGGGCAGAGGACAGCCGUGGUGGUAGACAAAGGGCAGAGGACAGCCGUGGUGGUGGACAAAGGGCAGAGGACAGCCGUGGUGGUGGACAAAGGGCAGAGGACAGCCGUGGUGGUGGACAAAGGGCAGAGGACAGCCGUGGUGGUGGACAAAGGGCAGAGGACAGCCGUGGUGGUGGACAAAGGGCAGAGGACAGCCGUGGUGGUGGACAAAGGGCAGAGGACAGCCGUGGUGGUGGACAAAGGACAGAGGACAGCCGUGGUGGUGGACAAAGGGCAGAGGACAUCCGUGGUGGUAGACAAAGGGCAGAGGACAGCCGUGGUGGUAGACAAAGGGCAGAGGACAGCCGUGGUGGUGGACAAAGGGCAGAGGACAGCCGUGGUGGUGGACAAAGGGCAGAGGACAGCCGUGGUGGUGGACAAAGGGCAGAGGACAGCCGUGGUGGUGGACAAAGGGCAGAGGACAGCCGUGGUGGUGGACAAAGGGCAGAGGACAGCCGUGGUGGUGGACAAAGGGCAGAGGACAGCCGUGGUGGUGGACAAAGGGUAG